AUGGCCGCGGACAUGGGCGACCCGCCACCACGCGCACAUACGCAGCUGGUGCGUGACCACGCGCACGCGGCGGCGACGAGCGCGUUCGUCACGGCCGCUGCGGCGGGCGUCGAUCUCGACGGGCGCGAACACAGCCUUGACCUUCCCUCUCUCCUGCCGCUGUCGCACGACCACGCGCUGCUCAGCGGCAGCAAGUUUGACGUCGACGCGUUCCUGCUCUCGCGCAUUCACAUCCCGCUCGACGAGCUGCGUGGCGAGCUGCGCUCCUACCUUGCCGAGCUGCGCGAGGAGCUCGUACAGCUCAUCAAUGACGACUACGAGGAGUUUAUUUCCCUUGGAACGGGAUUGCGCGGCGAGACGGAGCGGCUAAAGGGCUUGGAGAGACCGCUGGGCCUCCUUCGUGGCGAAGUAGAGACGGUACGUGACGUGUUGAAGGCGCACCAAGAUGCCGUGCAGGCCAAACUCGACGAGCGCGCGGCCCUGCGCGAGGAGAAGGCACUGCUCGACCUUCUGCAGCGGCUGUUCGAGACGCUGGCGCGCGCGCAGGCGCUCGAGCGGUCCCCCGACGAGCGGAGCAAGGUCGUCGCCCGCCUCGCGGGCGAGUACACCCAGCUCGUGUAUCUGCGCGGCAAGGCGCGCGCCGAAGGCUGCAAGAUCGCCGACACGGUGUCGCCGGAGAUUGAUGCGCUGCGUGGGCGCCUCAGCCACGACCUCUCUUCUCUUCUCACGACGGCGCUGGAGACGCGAGACGAGGCACAGAUGAGGGCGUGCCUCAAGACAUACGAUUCGAUCGAGGGGUGGGCUGAGGCCGAGGAAGUUGUGCGGCGCGCAGUGCGCGCGUUCUGCUCGAAAACUAUCACACCAACAGCGCUCGUCGCCCCGGCAGCCCCCGUCGCGCCCGAGACGCCCCUCCGCGGCCCCCGCGCAAGACUUGAGGAAACGACGCCGCUCGCGCAGCUGUACAACCGCGUGAUGGCGCAGGUGGAAGGCUACGCGUCUCUGCUGUCGCUUGCGCACAACGUCUCGCCGCGGUUCGAGCUGUUCUCGCGCGUCCUCUGGCCCGAGAUCUGCACCGCCAUCGUCGAUAAUCUUGGCAGCACGAUAUUCGCUGCGGGCCGUCCUGACGAGCUGCACAAGCACUACACCACCACCCACGCCUUCUUGAUGCUCCUCGAGAGCGCAGCGCCGAGCGUCGACGCUGUCAUCGCGAUGCGCACGAGCCCGGCGUACGAGUCGUUCGAGCGCCGCUGGCAGCUGCCUGUCUACUUCCAGCUGCGGUGGAAGGAGAUUGUGAGCGCGCUCGAGGUGGCGCUUGCCGCGCCCGUCCCCGCCAACCCAUCAACCAAGCCAUGGGCGCUCCCGCAGAGCGGAGCAGCGUGGGACGCCUUCCGCGCGUGCUGGGCACCAGAUAUCUUCCUCCCUGAAUUAGCACACCGCUUCUGGCGCCUUGCGCUGCAGGUCGUUGCGCGGUACGGGACAUGGCUUAGUACAACACUCUCCUCGUACAAGCCGGGAAGCGACGACGACACCGGGCAAGACGACGACGCCCUGCGCUUCGCCGCGGCGGCAGUCACUGAUGUUGACGAGCUGCGUACCCGCAUCCGAGGUCUUAAGGCGCUUCAGCAGAUGGACGUCGACUUCCCCCUGGGCCUGAGCACACAAGCUUUCGCCACACGCAUCAUCUCUAUCCUGCAGCGCCGCUGUGCCGAUCCACUCAAACACGUGCGGAGCGUCGCCUCACAGUUCCGCGCUGCGCCGCCCCGCUCCUCCGCUCCGUCCCAUUUCAUCGCGCAAGUCCUCCGGCCCCUUCACACGUUCCUCGACGUGCGGCCCGCGCUAGCGCCCUACCGCGCCGACUGGGCUGCCGCGGUCGUUGAGCAUGUGCUGGCGCAGUAUGCGGGCAUUCUUGCGUCCGUGCGCAAGACGGAGGACUUGCUCCGGCGGCACCGGAAGAGUAAGAAGAGCGGGUUCAGCUUGUUUGGGAGCAGCAGUGCGGCAGCGCCGGAGGGCGACGAAGACGAGCGCUUCCGCCGCCAGAUGCGUGCGGACAUUGACGCGCUCGCUGCCGACGCGCGGAGCUUGGGCGCUGUCGUCGACGCCAUGCCGCAGUGGAAGGAGCUCGUGGACCUCCUCAGCGCACUUCUGAUCUCGUACUACAGAACAUUCACAUUCACUGCCACACUCACCCCCACCACACACACCAUGUCCAUCCCGUUCCCGGCAGAGAUCGUCAAGCAGCUCCCGCACACGCGCUACCGCGUGCUGCAGCACCUCGAGCGCGAGGCCGGCGGCAUCCCGCUCCCCCCAUCGACCGAGGCGAUCGAGGAGGCGCUCGAGCUUGCCGAGGUCGCGAUCAAGUCGCCCGUGUUCAGCUCGGCUGACCAGGAGGAGGCGCGCAAAUGGAAGGAGACGCUGAUGGAGCACGCCGAUGACUGGACGCGUAUCCGCGACCCCUUUAACCCGCUCUACCGCGUCCUCGUGCAGAUGCAGGAGGAGAUCACGACGCUGCGGCAUGAGCUGCGGCGCGCGCAGACGCGCCUGGACAGCUACGACGAGGCGCGGCUGAACACGGCGCGCCGCCUCGUCGGCCUGCCGCCUGCGCGCGUGAUGCGCAGCGGCGUCGCCACGCCGCCCACCUCGAACCCCCGCUUCGCGUCGCCCGCUAUGAUCAACCGCCUCUCGGCGGACCGCCUGCGCGACGCCCUCGAGAGCUACCUCAACGAGACGCCACCCUUCGAGGCCAGCCGCGACAGCAUGCAGCGCGCACUCAAGGUCUGCUGCGGCAUGGAGGAGGAGCCUGGAAGCCACUAG